AAUGAUUCGUGAGCUGGAGAGCCAAGGGGUGGUUAGCAAAACCCACUCGCCCUUCAACAGCCCCAUCUGGCCUGUGCGUAAAUCUGAAGGGGAAUGGAGAUUGACGGUGGACUAUCGUGCCUUGAAUGAAGUGACACCACCACUGAGCGCUGCUGUGCCGGACAUGCUGGAACUCCAGUACGAGCUGGAGUCCAAGGCAGCGAAGUGGUAUGCCACUAUUGAUAUUGCUAAUGCAUUUUUCUCCAUUCCUCUGGCAGCAGAAUGCAGGCCUCAGUUUGCUUUCACCUGGAGGGGCGUGCAGUACACCUGGAACCGACUGCCCCAGGGGUGGAAACACAGUCCCACUAUCUGCCAUGGACUGAUCCAAACUGCAUUAGAGGAGGGUGAGGCUCCAGAACAUCUGCAAUACAUCGAUGAUAUCAUUGUGUGGGGGAAAACGGCAACAGAAGUGUUUGAGAAAGGAGAGAAAAUAAUCCAGAUUCUCCUGAAAGCCGGCUUUGCCAUCAAGAAGAGCAAAGUCAAGGGACCUGCUCGAGAGAUCCAGUUCCUUGGAGUGAAGUGGCAAGAUGGACGGCGUCAGAUUCCCACCGAUGUCAUCAAUAAGAUCACAGCUAUGUCCCCACCAACCAGCAAAAAGGAAACACAAGCUUUCCUAGGCGCCAUAGGGUUUUGGAGAAUGCACAUUCCGGAGUAUAGCCAGAUUGUGAGCCCUCUCUACCUGGUCACCCGCAAGAAGAACGAUUUCCACUGGGGCCCUGAACAGCAGCAAGCCUUUGCCCAGAUCAAGCAGGAGAUUGCUCAUGCUGUAGCCCUUGGCCCAGUCAGGACAGGACCAGAUGUGAAGAACAUACUCUACUCUGCAGCCGGGAACCAUGGCCUGUCCUGGAGCCUUUGGCAGAAGGUGCCUGGUGAGACUCGAGGCGGACCAUUAGGAUUCUGGAGUCGAAGCGAUAGAGGGUCUGAAGCCAGCUACACUCCUACAGAGAAGGAAAUUUUGGCAGCCUAUGAAGGAGUCCAAGCCGCCUCGGAGGUGAUUGGCACGGAGGUACAACUCCUCCUGGCACCCCGACUACCAGUGCUGGGGUGGAUGUUCAGAGGAAAGACUCCCUCUACCCACCAUGCCACCAGUGCAACAUGGAGCAAGUGGAUUGCUCUCAUCACACAGCGCGCCUGUAUUGGAAACCUGAAUCGACCUGGGAUUCUGGAAGUAAUUACAAACUGGCCUGAAGGUGAGAAUUUUGGUCUUGCUGAUGAAGAAGAACAAGAAGUGACACGAGCGGAAGAAGCACCACCAUACAACCAACUGCCGGCAGAAGAAACACGGUAUGCUCUUUUUACUGAUGGUUCUUGCCGCAUUGUGGGAAUGAAACGGAAGUGGAAAGCAGCUGUAUGGAGCCCCACACGACAGGUCGCAGAAGCCACUGAAGGAGAGGGUGGAUCAAGCCAACUCGCUGAACUUAAGGCCGUUCAGCUGGCUCUGGACAUUGCUGAAAGAGAGAAGUGGCCAAAGCUCUACCUCUACACUGAUUCGUGGAUGGUAGCCAAUGCGCUGUGGGGCUGGCUGGAGAGAUGGAAAGGGGCUAACUGGCAGCGUAGAGGAAAGCCAAUUUGGGCUGCUGAAGAAUGGAAAGAUAUUGCCACCAGGUUAGAGAAACUACCUGUGAAGGUUCGCCACGUAGAUGCCCAUGUCCCCAGAAGCAGAGCUAAUGAAGAGCAGCAAAACAAUCAUCAGGUAGAUCAGGCUGCAAGGAUAGGGGUGUCAAAGAUAGACCUAGAUUGGGAACACAAGGGAGAGUUAUUCCUAGCUCGAUGGGCCCAUGAUGCCUCAGGCCAUCAGGGUAGAGAUGCCACCUACAAGUGGGCACGAGACCGAGGGGUGGAUUUAACCAUGGAUAGUGUUUCUCAGGUUAUCCAUGACUGUGAGACGUGUGCUGCCAUCAAACAGGCCAAGCGAGUGAAGCCCCUAUGGUAUGGUGGGCGGUGGUCCAAAUACAAGUAUGGGGAGGCCUGGCAGAUUGAUUACAUCACACUGCCUCAAACCCGCCAAGGCAAGCGCUACGUGCUCACAAUGGUAGAAGCCACCACAGGAUGGUUGGAAACCUACCCUGUGUCUCAUGCUACCGCCCGUAACACCAUCCUGGGCCUUGAAAAGCAGGUCCUUUGGAGGCAUGGUACCCCUGAGAGGAUUGAGUCAGACAAUGGGACUCAUUUUAAAAAUAAUCUUAUUAACACCUGGGCUAGGGAACAUGGCAUUGAGUGGGUAUACCACAUCCCCUACCAUGCACCAGCUGCAGGUAAAUUGGAGAGAUGCAAUGGAUUGUUAAAGACCACCUUGAAGGCAUUGGGUGGGGGGUCUCUCAAGAACUGGGAGCAGCAUUUAGCCAGGGCCACCUGGUUAGUUAACACUCGAGGUUCCACCAACCGAGCAGGUCCUGCCCAGUCUGAGUCCCUCAAUAUAGUAGACGGAGAUAAAGUCCCAGUGGCCCAUGUCAGAGGUUUGUUGGGGAAGACAGUAUGGAUUAAUCCUGCCUCGAGUACAGGCAAACCCAUUCGUGGGAUUGUCUUUGCUCAAGGACCAGGUUAUACCUGGUGGAUAAUGCAGAAAGAUGGGACAACCCGUUGCGUACCUCAGGGAGAUCUGAUUGUGGGAUGAUAUCAUUGUUUGUUAAGCGUGACCACCAUUGUCUGUACAUUAGAUCAUACAGACAUGAAACAGAAGGAAAUAUGAAAGUGUCGAAGGUCUGAGCAAGUAAGAAUGAAAGAAAACGUGUAAGUGUGGAAGGUUGGAGCAAGUGAGAAGAAAGUUUACGUUGUUCAAUAACAUGUUCACGAUAUGGGAUAAGGGGUGGAAUGUCGUGGGGACAGGACAUUUUCAUGCUUAUUAUCCCAAAUCGUGGUUUCUGUUCCCUGCUCCGUUUGUUGUGUCUAUCGUUUUGUCCUUCCCCCCGCCCCUGCCUGGGGGCUGGGCUUUUUGCAUGCUUGCUUGGCCGGCUGGCUGCUUGCUUGCUCUUCUAGCUUUGCUUCUCUUUCUUUUUUUUCUUGCUUUUUUUAGCUCGCUUGUUUUUUCGCCAUUUUUUUUUUCUCCUUUCCCCGGUUUCUGUUGUUCCCUUCCUUCCCUUUCCCCCCCCCCCUUUUCCCCCCCGAAGAUAUCGGACCGGCGCCGGGCAAGGGGCUCUGUCCGGGGUCUGCAAGAGAAGCUUCGUACCCUCCGCAGCGAAGAGAGAAACGGCUCGACCCCUUGGACUGGUCAAAUAGCAUAUCAUUUACUUUCUCAUCCUAUUUUGAAUUUCACGAAGAGGAUUCCCUUUCAGGGGAAGCAACUUUGUUCUUCUAUGCCAGUGGAAGGUGCAACAGUUUUUACAGAUGGAUCAGGAAGAACUGGAAAAGCUGCUGUAGCCUGGAAGAAGGAUGACCGCCGAGAAUAUGAAGUAAUGGUUCAACAAGGGUCUCCUCAGUUAAUUGAACUUUCUGCCAUACUUUUGGCCUUUACUUUAUUUCCUAGUUCUGUAAAUAUAGUUACUGAUUCUGUUUAUGUUGCUAAUUUAGUGAUACAGUUGGAUCAAGCUGUGUUGUAUAAUGUAAAGGAGAAACCAUUAUUUGAUAUGUUGUUGAAAUUGUGGAGUGUUAUUCGUGAUCAAAAGCAUUCUUAUUUUAUUAUGCACAUUCGUAGCCAUACAUCAUUACCUGGAUUGUUUGUUGAAGGUAACACCUAUGUGGAUUCCCUUGUGGCUGCCUCAGCAGUAAAAAUGGUGCCUAAUGUGUUACAGCAAGUGUAGCCAUGAUAUUUUAUGAAAAAUCCUUUCCUAGGAUUUUUCCCCUCCUGAGAGCUGAGUGCCUCAGGAAAGAAAUGUAAACAAUAACUAUCUGCUGCUGUGGAAUGCAACAGGUGCAUCGUCCAUUGGUCCAUGUGGAUUGUUUUCAAUUAGUGACUAAUCACAGCCACCUGUGCCAAGGCUGUGAGCAGUCACAAGAUUUUGUUAUGCAUUCUAUUCUAUUCUAUUCUUGUUCUUUGUAGCCUUCUGAUCAUCUUCUCUCUCUGUUCUUUUAGUAUCGUUUUUUUAUAUAUUAUAUAACAUAAUAAAUGAGCCUUCUGAGAAAAAUGGAGUCAAGCCUCAUGUCCCCACACUUGGAGCAUCCAUCGCAACACAGCAAGCUGUUCUAUCUCACCAAUUUUUUCAUCAGGGUGCUCAGGCACUAUGGCAGCAAUUUAAAUUAUCACAUAGUGAAGCAAAGUCAAUUAUAUCUUCUUGCCCUGAUUGCCAUAUGUCUCAUGUUUCACAAUAUUACGGUACUAAUCCUAGAGGCUUACUCCCUUUGCAAGAAUGGCAAACAGAUGUUACAAAAAUGCCUGAAUUUGGCAGUCUAAAGCAUGUCCAUGUUACAGCUGACACAUUUUCUCAUGCCAUGGUUGCCUCAGCAUUGGCAGGUGAAACAGCUCGGGAUGUUAUUCAUCAUUUUUGCCACACCUUUUCCAUCUUAGGCAUUCCAUCAUAUGUAAAGACUGAUAACGGCCCAGCAUAUGUUUCAAAGAAAUUGCAAAUGUUUUUUCAGGCCUGGGAUGUUGGUCGUUCUACUGGUAUGCCUCAUGCUUUGACAGGCCAAGCAAUUAUUGAACGUGCCCAUGGUGUGUUGAAGCACCAGGUACAAAAACAAAAAGGGGGAAUGCAGAGGGAGUUGCCUCAAGUGAGAUUAGACAAAGCCGUCUAUGUCUUAAACUUUUGGCGUCCUUUACCUGACUUGCAAUUGUCUCCUAUAUUCUAUAAUUUUUCAUCUUUGAAUUCAAAACAACCAAAGUUUCAGAAAGGUAUUAAGGUAUGGGUAAAACAUUUAAUAAUGGGAAAGUGGACUGGCCCAGUGGAAUUAGUAACAUGGGGAGGAUAUGCAUGUGUUUUAACAGAAAAUGGCCCUCCUUGGGUCUCUGCCCAUUGUGUUAAACCUUAUUUGGAGCACACAGAAAAGAACAGGAAGGGUGUUUCUAAAAAUGAGUAGGUAAUUGCAUUGGUUAUUAGGUGGAUGGAAGCAUGGACCCUCAAAGAAUGUGUGGUAAAGAUGGUAAUUUGAGACAGAGUAAAGGAAGUUAUAGGCUUACGCUGAAAAUUCAAAAUUUAAGUUAGUGGAUGUUACUUUUGCUUCUUUUCCUUGAAUUCUCUUACAGAGAGGUUGGUAGUACUGAGAAAUGUUUCUUGUACCAUUUCCUUUUGCAGGGCGCCAACAGUCCCAAAAUAGGGGAAUUUGGUGUACCUAAGUGAGAAGUGUUGCCUUUGCAUAGGGGUUGAAUCAGUAGCUGAAGUCCACACUUUGAGUGACUAGGUUGGUUGCCCAUUAUGAUAGCAGCAACCAGUUGUAAAGUUAAGUGGAUGCUACUUGGUACUAAGUGGUGACUAGGCAAAUGACUUGGUCUCAGAUUCUGUGUGGGAGAAAGUUAUUUGACUAGAGGUGAAGGUGUCAUUCUGCUACAAAUGUGUCAUUUGGAAAUUGCGAGGUCUGUAACAGUAUUUGAAGAUCUGCCUUUAUGUGCCUUGUUUGUAUAUGAACAUUAAGAUUGUGAGGGUGUGUGUUGUGGAGUUGGUAGAAGUUGGUUGUUUAAAUGAAGAAUGGAUCCUCCAUCUGCUUGGAUUUUUGCAAGGCACCUGCAGAAUUCUGUAGCAGUUGUAUUUGCAGGUCAACUACACAAAGGGGGAAUUGUGGGAAAGAUGUUUCGUGCUGUUCUUGUGAGCCAGCCAAGGCUUCCUGGAAAUAAGGAAAGCCCCGUAUCUCUCUCAAGGAACACACCAAGGCUAUCACUAUGGCAAUGAGAUGGAAGAGGAAACUUAAAAGAUACGGACGUUAGCUGGCUCACAGAAUGACGUAGCUCCCUGGUUACCUACUGGGAACUUUGUUUCUUUUUUAUUACCAAUGGGCAAUGUAUGUUUCUGUUAGGUAAAUGUAAAUAUCUUGAAAAACUAUAAAAGCAACAUGUUGCUGUAAUAAAUCCUUCUCAUACACCCUU